AUGCACGGUAGUUGCAAGCUGUGGCUUUGUAGAGAUGAUGGCGGAAGACGAAAAGUAUGGCAAGCUGCCCCCAUAUUACGAGAACUUAUUUAGUCGCGAGCCUCCAAAUGAACAUAAGGUGUUUAUGGAACGCGUUUUUUACUGGGGCAUCCCAGCAGUGCUCGGUGGAUUUGCAGCUUGUAUAUCGAACUAUUUCAUGAGGAAGCCUAUGAUGAGCGGUAUUCAAAAACACAUUAGCUUCAUGGCUGUUGCUGUUGGCCUUGGAGAAACCGCUUCUCGCUACGCUGAUUUCCAGUCUCGGGAGCGAGAUGCCAUUCUUCGUCGCUACAUCAUGUUGCACCCAGAAGACUUUCCAGAGCCUGAGCGGAAGAAGUACAGAGAUGUUCUUGAGCCCUGGAUUCCAGUCCGAUGAGUUCUGCUGCUUCCAAGUCUUCUUUUCACAUGUCGCCAUAGUUGAGAGAUUGUUAAAUAGAAAUAAAACCUUGCGGUUACACUG